GGUAUAGAAUUUCAGGUUUAACAGGUACACAUAUAAAAACGUACACCAGCAAUCACAUUUAAUUGUUUUGUUUUCAUUUUUCUUUUGCUUCUAUUAUACAUACGUACAAGAGGAGGGUGACAAAAAUGUGCAAUACGUAAAAGAAAAACAGAAUUGUGUUUGUGUCUCUGAUGGACUUUUUAUGAUCACCAGUUUUAGUUUCAAUGUUCCUUUGAUCGAAGAAGCAACACCAUAUUAAUCGAGUCAUACAGGGAACGUGAGUGUAAACGCGUGUGUUUUAACAAUGGACAACAAUUUGCCCGAAAAAACAGAAGAAAAAGCAAAAUUUAGCAAAGUAAAAUAUCAAUAUGUGGCAGCGUUUAUUGUAAAUUUAGUGACUUUCUGCCAAGGAUUCAAUUCGGGAUGGCUGUCACCCUCAUUGCAAACAUUGCAAUCGGAAGACAGUCCCUUGAACAGUGGACCGAUAACGACACAGCAGACGAUGUUACUGGGAAUUUUAUCGUCGAUUGGUGGACUCAUCGGUACAAUAAUAUUUUCAUCGCUGUCACACUACUUAGGACGCAUCAAUUCAAUCAGAUUAAUUGCAUUUCCGAGUUUGAUUUUUGUGAUCAUUUUGAUAACAUCAAAUUCAAUCGAAGUUAUUUUGAUUGGCCGGCUGAUUGAUGGUCUAACAAUGGGUGGAAUGUUCGUUUGCAUUCCGUUAUACAUAACUGAGAUCUCGGACAGCAGAAUUCGAGGUCGUCUUCUCUUGACCUGCGUAUCGAUCAACAAUUUAGGUGUGUUGGUUGCCUACACUUGCGGCGCUUUCAUGGCUUACGAAAACGUUCCGUAUGUCGUUAUCGGUGUUCCAGCAGUUUUUUUGAUAUUGAUGGCAUUUCUACCCGAAACACCUUAUGCGUUAUUGAAAGAGGAUAAAGUUGAAUUAGCCAAAGACUCGCUGCGGUUUUUCUACAACGGAAACAAGACAGAUAAUGACGAAUUCGACAGCGAAGUCGAAUUGAAGAAAAUUAGAAUUUUGAUAAGUGAGCGUCAGGCAGCCGAACAGCAAAAGAACGUGAAACUUCUCUUUGAACGUAGCUCGUUGAAGGCACUGGGCCUGGCACUUUCUCUACUAUCAAUGGUUGUGAUGAGCGGAACAUUCGCCAUCUCAACGUAUGCGUCGCAUGUGUUCAAACAAUCGAAUGCAGACUUCGACGCUAAUAUAUCGGCCAUAAUUAUGGGCACUCUGCAAAAUGUUGCCAUCUACGCAUCAUCACUGCUAAUCGACUCCUGGGGACGACGAAUUUUAUUCGGAUUAUCGAGUUGUUUAUCGGGCAUUGCGCUGAUCAUUUUCGGGACAUUUUCGUUUUUGAACUACAGCGGAGUGGACAUGACGGCAGUGUUUUGGCUGCCGGUUACAAGUGUGUCCCUGUUCAUUUUCGUGAAUGGUGCUGGAAUGAGACCGCUGCCGUUUGUCUAUGUGGCGGAAGUGUUGCCGGAUAAUAUACGUAACAUCGGCACCACCGUGUGUAUGUUGGCUUUCAUUGGCAUGCAGAUACUGUCCAUUGGAACAUUACCAAUAUUGAUCGAAGUGAUCAAAUUGCAUACGCUCAUUUGGAUGUAUGCCGGAGUCUGUUUUGUGGGAGUACUGUUUGCCGUAUUCGUUAUGGAAGAGACAAAAGGCAAGCGUUUAAAUGCAUCAAAAUCGUAGUGUUAAAGCAGAAGUAUUAGAUAACCGCAAAUUGCCGGUGAUGAAGCGAAAGAAUGUUCAUAGGAUUAGGUAUUGAAGCUAAAUAAAUAUUUUAUAUUGACAAUAAAAUAGAUUAAUUUUAGAUUAGGGGGAAUUUUUAGAAUUAUUUCCUGGAAAUUUGUACAAUAAAUAACCAAACUGACCGAAAGUUUUCA